AUGGCCUUGGAACAGUUAGGUCUUCUCGCCCAUCAACCCGUCAACAGGCCAUGCAGCAAGUAUGCUACUUUUAUUCCUGUCCUAGACAAGUUUAAUGUUAAAGAUGUUGCUAGGUUGUUUUUCAAGUUUGUUAUCAAGUAUUGGGGCAUACCUCCAUCUAUUAAAAGUGAGGCAAUUGGAGCUAGCUCAUUCGAGAUUACUAUAGGAAGACAACCUCUUACUCGUCACACAGUUGCCACAAGUUAUGGAGGAAGGAGUCCAAGUGUUUAUAAGUUUGUUAAGGGUUGGCAAGAAAAGACAGAGAUUACUAAAGAGUACCUUAGCAAAGCUUCGAAGAAAAUGAAGAAAUGGGCUGACAUAUUAAGAAGACAUGUGAAGUUUAAGAAGGGUGAUUUAGUUAUGGUCAAACUUCUUCCACAUUUGCAGAGGGACUAUGGGAAAGUCCAUAAGGAUCUUCUUCGAAGAUAUGAAGGCCCCUUCCUGAUUGAGAAGCGAAUUGGAAAGGUGACAUAUCGGGUGAAUCUACCAGAUCAUAUUGAAUCUCAUCUUGUGUUUCAUGUGAGUAUGUUGAAGCCAUUUCACAAGAAUGAGGGUAAACCGAGUAGAGGGGUGUGUCAACGAGCACCAGCUGCCAUUGGCAGAAGCUAUGCUAACCAGGUGAAGGAAAUAGUAUCACAUCGGGUGGUGCCAAUGAGAGGAAACCAUCCAAGUUACAAAGAAUACUUGGUGCAUUGGAAACGCCUGUCUGAUGCCGAAGCUACUUGGGAAACAACUCAAUCAAAUGAGCUGAACAAUUAG